AUGGCUAAAAUUAAAAGAAGAGGAACUUCAGGUAAUGCUAAAAACUUCAUAACUAGAACUCAAGCUAUUAAAAAAUUACAAAUAUCAUUAGCAGAUUUUAGAAGACUUUGUAUUUUUAAAGGAAUUUAUCCAAGAGAACCAAGAAAUAAAAAAAAAGCCAACAAGGGAUCAACAGCUCCAGUAACAUUUUAUUAUGUAAAAGAUAUUCAAUAUUUAUUACAUGAACCUGUUUUGGAAAAAUUCAGGCAGCAUAAAACAUUUGCAAAAAAAUUACAAAGAGCUUUAGGAAAAGGUGAAAUAUCUGCAGCCAAAAAACUUGAGUCUAACAGGCCUAUUUUUAAAUUAAAUCACAUUAUAAAGGAAAGAUAUCCAACUUUCUUAGAUGCUUUAAGAGAUUUGGAUGAUCCAUUGAAUAUGUUGUUCCUUUUUUCAAAUAUGCAUUCUACUGAUAAAGUUACAUCAAAAAUCAUUGGUGAAGCAGAGAGACUAACAAAUCAAUGGUUAUGUUAUAUUUCACAACAAAGACUUUUGAAAAAAGUUUUCGUUAGUAUAAAAGGUGUUUAUUAUGAAGCUAAUGUCAAGGGUCAAACUAUUAGAUGGCUCAUACCCUACAAAUUUCCAACAAAUAUUCCUACAGAUGUUGAUUUUAGAAUUAUGUUAACUUUUUUAGAAUUUUAUUCAACUUUAUUAAAUUUUGUAUUGUUCAAAUUAUAUAAUGAAAGUGGAUUAAUUUAUCCUCCUCAAAUUGAUUUUAAGAAGUUAAAAGGUAUUGGUGGAUUAAGUUCUUAUGUUUUACAAUCAAAAGAUGAACAACAUAAUGAGGUGGUUGAAGAAAAAAACAAUGAAAAAGGUAAAGAAUUAUCAUCAACUGAAUUACAAAAAGCUAUACAAGCUGAUGAACAAGAGGAAGAAGAACCAAAAGAAGAGAAUGUCGAAGAAAUUGAAUUAGAUAAUUUUACAACUAGUGCAAAAACCGUGUCAGAUACUUUAAUUCAACCAACAAAAUUUUCAUCACCACAAUCUCAAUUAUUUGAAAAUUUUAUUUUUUAUAUUGGUAGAGAAGUUCCAUUGGAUAUAUUGGAAUUUAUAAUAUUAUCAUGUGGUGGUAAAAUAAAAUCAGAAAUAAUGUUAGAUGAUUUAAAAAUUAAUGAUCCAAAAGCUUUUAAUUCCCUUAAUUUAGAUUCAAUAACUCAUCAAAUAAGUGAUAGAAAUAAAAUAACAACUAAAGUACCAGGUAGGACUUAUAUUCAACCACAAUGGAUUUUUGAUUGUAUUAAUGCUAAACAAUUACUUAAUGUUAAUGAUUAUGCACCUGGUGAAACAUUACCUCCUCAUUUAUCUCCAUGGGGUGAUUCAAGUGGUUAUGAUCCAAAUUCUAAGAAACCAACUGAACAAGUUGAAGAAGGAGAAGAAGAAGAAGAAGAGGAAGAGGAAGAAGAAGAAGAAGAAAUAGAAGUAGCUUCAGGAGAUGAAGAUCAAGAAAGUUCAGAAGAUGAAGAAGAAGAAGAUGACGAAGAUUUUAAAGCUCAAAAGGAAUUAGAAAUGGAAGUAUCAGGUAAAAAAUUUUCAGAAAUAGAAGAACCAAAAACCAAAAAACAAAAAAUUGCUAAAAAAUUAACAGAAGAUGAAGAAGCAAAAGAAUUAGCUAAAAUAAUGAUGACAAAUAAACAAAAAAAAUUAUACAAGAAGAUGCAAUAUGGUAUAAACAAAAAGGAAACAAGAAAUUCAGAAUUAGCUUCAAAAAAGAAACAAUUAGAAAAAAAGAAAAAACAAUUACAAUCAUCAAUGAAGAAAUAG